GGAAGAAAAACAGGCCUACCUUUUGGAGGCAGGUCUUGCCCUUUCAGGGUCUAGCAGGACGCUUUCUAAGCCUUCCCUGGCGUCCUGCGGCCUGCCCCGCUGCGCCAUGUGAAGCAAAGUCUCCAUCAAAUUCAGCUUCUCGACGUCAUGGCCGGCAGGAGAGUGGUGGUGUUCCCCACAUCAGCAGAACUUGGCCCGGCGCUGGCCCAUCUGGUGACAUCUCGGGCGCAGCAGGCAGUUAGUUCCCGAGGCAGGUUCACCUUGGGCCUCUCUGGAGGGAGCCUGGUGACCAUGCUCAGCAAAGAGCUCCUCGCUCUGCCAGGCUUGGACUGCAGCAAGUGGGUUGUGGGGUUCUGUGAUGAGAGAGUCGUACCAUUUGACAGCCCUGACAGCACCUAUGGACUCUACAAGACCCAUUUCUUUUCAAAGAUUAACAUCCCCGAGGACUCCGUUUUGGCUAUUGACUUCUCACUCCCUGUGAAGGAGUGCGCUGAGGAUUACUCUUGCAAACUGAGAAAGGCUUUCCCCGAUGGCAACGUCCCAGUUUUUGACCUGCUCCUGCUGGGCAUGGGGCCUGAUGGACACACAUGCUCCCUCUUCCCUGAACACCCUCUUUUAGAGGAGAGUCAGAAGAUCGUGGCUCCCAUCAGCGACUCUCCCAAACCACCACCAGAGCGUGUGACCAUGACGUUUCCGGUGGUCAACGCCGCCCGCUGCGCCGCUUUUGUGUCCACUGGGGGCAGCAAAGCGCCUGUUUUGAAGGAGGUUCUGGAGGGACGAGAGGGUCCACCUUUCCCGGCAGCCCGCGUCCUCCCGACUAACGGGGAGCUGUUUUGGCUCAUCGACGAGCCCGCUGCCGCUGCUUUAACGAUUAAGCUGGAGCGGCUCGGUUCUGGGGCCAAACUUUAGAGCUUUCCAAUGGAGGAGAGAAGAAGCUGUGUGUCCAUUGCACUUAUUCAAAGUUUGUGUUUUCUGUGUCCAGAGGCUUUGGGAAGUUUACUCUCUUAGAUUUACAUUUGUAAAAUGGGAAAAUUAAACUAGGUAAAAUACA